AUGGUCAACGUCCCGAAGACAAGACGCACCUACUGUAAGGGCAAGGACUGCAGAAAGCACACACAGCACAAGGUGACCCAAUAUAAGGCCGGAAAGGCGUCGCUGUUCGCGCAAGGAAAGCGUCGUUAUGAUCGCAAACAAUCCGGUUAUGGUGGUCAAACGAAGCCCGUGUUCCACAAGAAGGCGAAGACUACGAAGAAGGUCGUGUUAAGAUUGGAGUGCACAACCUGCAAGACGAAGGCACAACUGGCGUUGAAGCGAUGCAAGCAUUUCGAACUUGGUGGUGACAAGAAGACCAAGGGUGCUGCGUUGGUAUUCUAG